AUGACGCGCGCUCAGCAGACCAUCUCCUUCGGCCUCCUCGUCACCUCUCUUUACCUCGCGCUUUACCUCGAGCUGAUUCCGCUUCCUGCCCUGGUUCAGCAGCAGAUUGUUCCCGUCCUUCCCUUCUGGGCUCUCGUAUCCUUUGGUGCUCUUCUUCUGUUCCGUCUCGGCUGGGGGGUUUUCACCUUCAACGACGUCCCCCAAGCCCACAAGGAGCUGAUGCGAGAAAUUGACUUGGCCAAGGUGGACCUUCGAAAGCUCGGCGUAGACGUCGAUUGA